UGGGAGGCUGAGAAGAUGCCGCAGUCCAAGUCCCGUAAGAUCGCUAUCCUGGGCUACCGAUCCGUGGGGAAAUCCUCAUUGACAAUUCAGUUUGUUGAAGGCCAAUUUGUUGAUUCAUAUGAUCCAACCAUAGAAAACACUUUUACAAAAUUGAUCACAGUAAAUGGACAAGAAUAUCAUCUUCAACUUGUAGACACAGCUGGGCAAGAUGAAUAUUCCAUCUUUCCUCAAACAUACUCUAUAGAUAUUAAUGGUUACAUCCUUGUGUACUCUGUUACAUCAAUCAAAAGCUUUGAGGUGAUUAAAGUUAUCCAUGGCAAAUUGUUGGAUAUGGUGGGAAAAGUUCAAAUACCUAUUAUGUUGGUGGGAAAUAAAAAAGACCUACAUAUGGAAAGGGUGAUCAGUUACGAAGAAGGGAAAGCUUUAGCAGAAUCUUGGAAUGCAGCUUUUUUGGAAUCUUCUGCUAAAGAAAAUCAGACUGCUGUUGAUGUUUUUAGAAGGAUAAUUUUGGAGGCAGAAAAAAUUGAUGGAGCAGCUUCACAAGGAAAGUCUUCGUGCUCAGUGAUGUGAUUCUGCUGCAUAACCUGAGGACACUGGGAAUAUAUUUUACCUGAAGAAGCAAACUGCCCAUUUUCCUUUAAGAUAAACUACGCUUCUUUUUUCUUCUGUUAACCUGAAAGACAUCAUUUGGGUCAGAGCUUCCCUGCCUCUUCCCCACUCCCACUUUCAGAUUCUGUUAAACUCUGACUGUCCAAAUGAGUUCACUUCCAUUUUCAAAUUUUAAGCAAUCAUAUUUUCAAUUUAUAUAUUGUAUUUCUUAAUAAUAUUAUGACCAAGAAUUUUACUGGCAUUAAUUUUUCAGUGUAGUUUGUUGUUUAAAAUAAUGUAAUCAUCAGAAUACCUAUUGUUACACUACUCUAAACUAAGCUUGAUACAUCAGUGUUUAUUUCAUUGUGUUAAAUGUAUACUUGUAAAUAAAAUAGCUGCAAACCU